AUAAAUUCCUCCCCGCCACCCGUCCCCGGCCAUAUUACGGGAUCAAUAGAGGUUGGAAUAAAGGCGGAAUCAUCCAAAAUUCCCCAUUUCCCAUGAAAACUUGCUGCUUUAGGGUCUGUAGGUGGCGCGGGCAUUCAGCAACCUCCCCCCACCCGACUCCCAGCGCCACGCAAUCCCUUCCUUUUCCUUCCCAACCCCGCCAUACUUGCUUGGAAACAUCCCGAUUCCAAUCCUACCCAGUGCCCUGUACAAUAUUAAACGGAAUAUUUUUAAGAAGGGAGUCCGCAUUUUUUUUAUCGGCAAAACACCAUUUACCGCUCGCUCUUUUGUUUUUAAUCUCUUUUCUCCUUCAAAAGAGAAACAUCUGAGAGAACUUUUGUGCCGCGUACGAAUGAGUGCCGCCUCGCUUCUAUCGCGCUAAUACGAAAAUACCCUCGGUUUCUGAGACCGUGUUUGUUACAUCUCCUUACUUCUAAGAUGUCCACAGUUGGCAGUCGCUAUGAAUCCUGCUGAGACAAAAGGCGAACACAAAGACAAUACUUUGUCGAGAGUAACUUUAAAAAUCGGUGUCAAGAGAAAACCCGACGGUACUUCGACGUUCAAGAUCACCUCCACUAGCGAAGAUAAUAAAAUAACAAAAAUGUCUGAAGAUAAGGUCGAUAAAGAAGAGGAGGCUGUCACUAGCAUAAAAAUUGAAAAAAUUGAAAAACCACCAGAUAAGGAUGAGCAAAAACUUUCUGAAGAUGAAGAAGGCUCCAGCAAUGAAACAAAACAAGAAAAUGGAGAAAAAGAAGUGCCUAAUUUACCAGUAAGUGUUUCCAUAAAAAAACAGGGAGAAGAUGAUGAAACGAGUGUGAAAAGAGACAGUGAGGCAGAAUCUAACGAGGACAGUUUAUCAAAUGCAUCUAAAAAAGGUGUUGAUGAAGACAGCAAUGAAGAACAGAAAGAAAAGGAAAUGGCGAAAGAAACAAAGCCCGCGUUGGGUAUACUCACUGUCAAGAAAUCUGAAGACCUGAUAGCAUCACCUGGAGGCUCUUUCUCAAAUAUGGCUUCAUUGGUAACUAACGGGGAAUUUGUUGAGUCUUCAGCAUUCCCUUGCUCGGUGUGCCUUCUACGUUUUCCGACUGCGACUGAACUCGAAUCACACAAAGCCCAGGCCUCCCAUUAUGUCUGCAACAUGGCUGGAGCUAAAUGUGCUGCAAUAGGGUUUUCCUCAGCAGCGGAUCUGGCUGCCCAUCAAGCAGAAGCACAUCAGGGCCCGGUGCAGCAGCUAGCUCAGCAAGUGGAGCGGAUACCGGUUUCAUAUUCUGCUCAGCCUUAUCAAAACCAGAUGUCAUUUCAAAAUUCAAGGUCACCACAACUUCCAUUAGGAAGCCAAGUGAUGCUUACACCGGUGGUGCAGCAGUCGCCACAGCCUCACCCGAACAUACCGAACCUUCCUGGGAUUCAGGUGACCAAGCGACCUGCCAACGCUCCAGAGCCCGCUCCGGCCCCGAAAAUACGGCGUGAAGACAAUACCGGACCUUCGAUCCGCCUCCCCGACUCGAUCACUCUUGUCAAGCCGAGUCAGGUGACAACUCAGAAAAAAGAUGAUUCGGUAGCUAACAUGCUUGCAACUCGUGGGAUCACAGUAUUACCAUCAUCUAGUGUUUCUCGAUCUCCUCGCACCGCACAGAUUAACACAGCUCAAUUGAGACGCAACACUCCUUCCCAACUAAAUUCAAGUGUCUCAAUCACACCAUCGUCCCGGCAGGUCAAACCACAGCUGCCAACUGUUGAUCUGACACAGGAAGUUGAGCCAAGAAGGCGAGCUGGCAUGGUACGCAGGCUAGUAUGUCAGAUCUGCGAUAAAGUCUUCCAGACACAAGAGGCAUUAAAUGCCCAUGUUAAUACACACAGGACGCAGUCUAAACUUCCAUUUGAGUGUGAACUGUGCACGGCGCAGUACCCGACGCAGCAAGGACUUGACUACCACAGGCAAAAAUUCCAUGGCCGGCGGACACAAAUUUCUUCAACAUCGGUGGAUAUGGCACUGCCAGUUGUAGACAUCCGCCAACCAGGCGUGAAACAGAAACUCCUUCAAGUUGGUGUAAGACACGUCCUAAUGUUAUCACAGCUUCACAACCGUGCUGGCACUGCUUCAUUCGGGCUACCGAUUGUACCAGUGGACCUUGCAAACAAUCAAGCUUAUUGUUCCUUAGGUGACAUGGGUGUUUCUAACCUUCUUCCUCUUGGCGCCUUACAAUCUCUCCAGUAAAAAAAAAAAAUUCAAAACAAAG